AUGGCGGGCAAAGCAAACCACCGGGCGCGAGGCUCGGAGGACUUUGGCGUGUUCGACGAUGCAAAGACGUAUUAUACAUCCGAAGAAAGACACCGAAACAAGUUUGGCUCCCGAACACGAACCUAUUCGCAGAACAGUUUGAUGAAGCAGUUUGAACGAAAUGGCCUGCGCGAACCGUUCAGAAGAGGAAGCCACGAUGAGAGCGCCCUGCCUCAGGGCCGUCGAUUCCUUAUCCAAGUCGACCCGACCCUUGAAAAUUUGCAAGCACAAGAAGACACUGAUGGCAACAUGCAAAUCACCAUCGAGGAUGAAGGCCCCAAAGUGCUCUCCCUACGAACUGCCGCCUCUGCAGGCCAUAAUCGUUUCGAAGUUCGGGGCACGUACAUGUUGUCGAACCUGUUGCAAGAGUUGACGUUGGCAAAGGAGUACGGCCGAAAGCAGAUUGUGCUUGAUGAGGGCAGAUUAAAUGAAAACCCUGUGGACCGCCUCUCCCGCCUGAUCCGUGACCAUUUCUGGGAUGGCCUGACCAGACGUAUCGACGCCUCGAGCAUCGAAAUUGCUGCCCGAGACCCCAAAGAUUGGACAGAUGACCCUCGCCCGCGAAUCUACGUCCCAGCUGGGUGCCCGGAACAAUACGAGUAUUACAAGCAGGUAGCUGAAGAGCGGCCCGAGAUUCGGCUAGAUGUCCAGCAACUGCCAGAAAAGAUCACACCAGAGCUGAUACGAGACAUGAAUGAGAAGCCUGGACUGCUGGCAGUCGAGACGGAAGAAGUAGUAGACCCGGAAACGGGCCGCAAGACGUUGCGGGGUCUUCCUUUUGUAGUGCCUGGAGGAAGGUUCAAUGAAUUAUAUGGCUGGGACAGUUACAUGGAAUCACUUGGCUUGUUGGUCAAUGAUAGAGUUGACCUUGCAAAGUCAAUGGUGCUCAACUUUUGUUUCUGCAUUGAACAUUACGGAAAAAUCCUCAACGCCACACGAUCGUACUAUCUUGGCCGAUCACAGCCGCCCUUUUUAACCGACAUGGCCUUGCGAGUGUACGAGAAAAUUAAGCACGAGCCGGAUGCCAAAGAAUUUCUUAGACGGUCAAUCUUGGCUGCCAUCAAGGAAUACCACAGCGUGUGGACCUGUGAGCCACGGCUUGACCCAGUCACUGGCCUGUCAAGAUACCGGCCAGAGGGCCUUGGUGUACCACCCGAAACAGAGGCGGGACAUUUCGUUCACAUUCUCGAACCGUAUAUCAAGAAGCACAAGAUGGAGUUCAAAGAAUUCGUUCAGGCAUACAACCAUGGCGACAUCAAAGAGCCAGAGCUGGACGACUACUUUAUGCAUGACCGAGCGGUGCGAGAGUCGGGACACGAUACCACGUAUCGAUUCGAAGGCAUCUGCGCCGACCUUGCGAGUAUUGAUCUCAACUCGCUGCUAUUCAAGUACGAGACUGACAUUGCUCGUACUAUCCGCAACGUAUUUGGCGACAAGCUUGUAAUCCCGGCCGAGUUUUGCGAUAGAACGCCAUACCAGCCGGGAGAAGUCUUGUCGUCUGCUGCUUGGGAUCGACGAGCCAAGAGACGUAAGCUUACAGUGGACAAGCUGAUGUGGGACGACGAACAGGGAGUCUUCUUUGACUACGACACUGCGAAGCGGGAGCGAUGCAACUAUGAAAGCUCAACGACGUUUUGGGCUCUGUGGGCAGGCAUUGCGACGCCAAAGCAGGCGGCCGAUAUGGUUAAGAAGGGGUUGCCGCGUUUUGAAGCAUAUGGUGGUCUGUUGGCUGGGACUGAGAAAUCUCGCGGUAACAUUGGACUUGAACGGCCUAAUCGACAGUGGGACUAUCCUUACGGCUGGGCUCCUCAGCAGAUGCUGGCGUGGACUGGGUUGCUCCGGUAUAGUUUUACAGAAGAGGCGGAACGUUUGGCUUACAAGUGGCUGUUCAUGAUUACCAAGGCGUUUGUCGAUUUCAACGGCGUGGUGGUGGAAAAGUACGACGUGACUCGACCGGUUGACCCUCACCGUGUUGAUGCCGAGUAUGGCAACCAGGGCCUCGACUUUAAGGGCGUGGCUAAAGAAGGAUUUGGCUGGGUCAACGCCAGCUAUGUGUACGGUCUGCAGAUUGUAAACGCACAUAUGCGACGAGCUCUGGGAACGCUGACACCAUACCCUACAUUUAUCAAGGCGAUUGAGCAGAGCUUGGAGAAGGAACUGGCUGAUUUGCCAUGA